UCCUAGGGCAGAACUCCCUAAGCGCUCUCAUGUCAUGGCACUCAUGGAAAAGGACAGUAUUUCUAUGGCAUGUGGGGCAACUGGUCCAAGGCCAUGGGCACUCAGUCUCCACCCUGAAGGCAAGGGGAUCAGGGUCUCUGCCAUGUGAAGUCCAUUCCCCAUAUACCAGCGGGGGAGCUCUGCUCUAGAACCUGGGCUCCAAGGCCGAAACUGCUGAUUACCUGUUUUGUUCCAUAACUUAGUCAUACUUGGUCAGCCUCAAGCCUCUCUAAGAACCACCAACCAUAUCCAUAGAGAUCUGAACACAGCAGGACAAGAGCAUAGGCUUUGAUCUUUCAUUCUGAUCUUAAAGAGACAGUAAAACAGGAGGCAUCUUUGAGCUCACCAAGUAGACAUCAUGAGCAAGGCUCACCCUCCUGAGUGGAAGAAAUUUAUGGAGAAGUUAUCACUAAAAUUAAAUGGUGGCAGACAUGUCCAAGGAAUAUUGUGGGGCUUUGAUCCCUUUAUGAAUCUUGUGAUAGAUGAAUGUGUGGAGAUGGCAACUAGUGGGCAACAGAACAAUACUGGAGUGGUGGUGAUACGAGGAAAGAGUACCAUGUUAGAAGCCCUGGAACCAGUAUGAACAAUGGCUGUGUUCACCAGAGAAAUCAACUGCUUCCACAUGUCCCCUCCACAUUUUACUAUGAUAAAAACUGGCUCGUGUACAUUUUAUUACUGAACAUUUUUAUUAAAUAAACUUUUGUAAUAGUGAAAAAAAAAAACCCCAGUAAAAUACUCAUUAACCUGGAUGUUUGUGGAAUGGGGUGUCCGGAUGCCUGAAGUGCUGACUGACAGAGGAGACUCAGAGCACUCCUUGUGACUGAAAAGCUCCUGAAAAUGUAGUGCCUCAAUUAAUAGUAAACACAAUUGUUUCCUGUGUGUUGGAGACAGGUUGUUGGGGCCUGGAAGUAUCUCUCUAAAAAAGGAGAAACCUAGGAAUCUGCUGCACAUUCAAGUCAUUUGGUAAUUCAACAAAAUCAUUUCAUUCUCCAAUAAAAAGAAACAGGACUCAGAGAAAUAGCUGAUUCUAGGUUACGGACAGGAAAUACACAAGACAAGUCUGGACUAUCUUGUAGUACCAGGAACUAAGGAAGUGCUGUUAAAAACAAAACAAAACCCCUCAAAACUCCACCAAUAAUGGAAGUAUGUAAAAGGGACACAGGGGCCAUCUGAAAGAGCUCCCAAUGGCUAAAGCUGGAAGAGUUUGGGCAAGAAAAUAAAGUAGUACUGGAUUAAACCUAAAGUAUAAAAUAAAUAUCCCAGAGUCCAUAUUGAUAUAAAGAAAUGAGGGAGAAGACAAAUCCAUGCAGAACAAUUUCAAAUAGCUUAUGUAGCUACUCCGCCCUCAUGGAGGGGCUGUAUAACCCGCCACUCCUUAAGUAUGGGCUACGCAUAGUGAUUUCUUUCCAAAGAGCACAGUGUGGGAAGGGGAAGAAAAGAGUCACUUUACACAGAGAACCCUGAAGAGCACUGCCUGAGCAGGUGAUCAAGGGCAACAUCAACUGUGACAAGCCAUCUUGACAAGCACCCAGCCCUGACCUAAGAAUGGUACUUUAUCUCUGUGGUCUUCCUCCCAAAAAUAAAUAACUCAUGAGAAAAACGUCAGACAAAUCCCAACUGAGGGACAUUCUACAGAACAUCUGACCCUCAAAACUCUCAAGGUCAUCAAAACAAAGUCUGAGAAACUGUCAGAGCUAACAAGAGCCUAAGGCUACAUGAUGACUAAAUGCAAUGUGAUAUCCUACAUGGGAUUCUGGAACAAGAAAAAGGCAUUAGUUAAAAAUUAAGGAAAUAUAAAGUAUGGACUUUAGCUACUACAUGUAUCAACAGUGGUUCAUUAGUUGUGACAAAUGAACCACAUUAACUUAAAAUG